AUGAUGGAUGACUACGUGAGCGAGUCGGACAGCGACUACACGAGCUAUUGGCGAGACUGGUUCAUCUCAUCAAGGGGCAACGAGUACUUCUGCGAAAUUGACGAGGACUACCUUACCGACAGAUUCAACUUGACGGGUCUCAACACUGAGGUUCAGUACUAUCAAUACGCACUGGACCUCGUCACCGAUGUCUUCGAUCUCGAGUGCGACGAUGAGAUGCGUGAGGCCAUUGAGAAGUCGGCCAGGCACCUCUACGGCCUCGUGCACGCCCGUUACAUCGUCACAACAAGAGGACUAACAAAAAUGCUUGACAAGUAUAAGAAAGCAGAGUUUGGAAAAUGCCCUCGCGUCAUGUGCCACUCUCACCCCCUCCUCCCCAUGGGCCUUUCUGAUGUGCCCAACCACAAGCCCGUCAAGCUCUACUGCGCUCGCUGCGAGGACAUCUACAACCCCAAAUCGUCACGCCACGCCGCCAUCGACGGCGCCUACUUUGGCACCUCGUUCCACAACAUCCUCUUCCAGGUGUAUCCCGCCCUCAUCCCCAACAAGAGCGUGGACCGAUACGUCCCCCGCGUCUACGGCUUCAAGGUGCACGCCUCUGCCACCCUGAUUCGCUGGCAGAGCGCCAAGCGCGACGAGAUGCGUCGUCGGCUUCGCAAGCUAGAGAUCGACACUGGUUUCCGUGAAGAGAUGGAGGAUGAGGAGGAUGAUGACGAUGAGGAGCUCGAGUUUGAGGGCAUAGACGGCCGGAUGGCUGUCGUCGAGGGUCUUUAG